AUGUACGUUGGUCAGGAGAACCUCUGCCUCAUGCAGAUCACUCCCGGCUCAACAGACGCCGCAGCCGUCUUCCCAGAGAGCCCUUAUGGAUGUCAGGAAUGUGGGAAAACCUUUUAUGGAUCAAGUCAACUCACUGCCCAUAGAAGAAGAAUUCACACAGGAGAGAAACCUUAUGAAUGUAAGGAAUGUGGAAAGACCUUUCACGAAUCCACUUCACUCCAUCACCAUCGUAGAGUUCACACAGGAGAGAAACCUUAUGAGUGUAAGGAAUGUGGGAAAACUUUUUCCCGCUCUGAUAGCCUCGUUCUACAUCGAAGAGUUCAUACAGGAGAGAAACCUUAUGAAUGUGAGGCAUGUGGGAAAACAUUUUCCCGCUCAAAUAGCCUCACUCUACAUAGAAGGAUUCAUACAGGAGAGAAACCUUAUGAAUGUGAAGAAUGUGGGAGAACAUUUUCCCGCCCACAUAGCCUCGUUACACAUAGAAGAACUCAUACGGGAGAGAAGCCUCAUGAAUGUAAGGAAUGUGGGAAAACCUUCGGCCAGUCACGUGAACUCAUUCGACAUCUUAGGAUUCACACAGGAGAGAGACCUUAUGAAUGUCAGGAAUGUGGGAAGACCUUUCGUAAUCCAAUUUGUCUCAAUCAACAUAGAAGAAUUCACACGGGAGAGAAACCUUACGAGUGUAAGGAAUGUGGGAAAGCCUUUGCUCAUCGUGGUUCUCUCAUUAUACAUACACGAAUUCACACAGGAGAGAAACCUUACGAAUGUAAGGAUUGUCAGAAAGCUUUUUCUCAACGUUGGGCUCUGACUGUGCAUGCAAGAAUUCACACAGGAGAGAAGCCUUAG